AUGAGUGGAACUCCUGAGCGGGCUUCUAGGCCCAGACAACAUAAUUUGUCACCAAAGCAGGCUUCUAGGCUGGGUGAACAGGAAAGAGUUACUCAGGGGGCUUCUAGACCCCGAGAAACGCAUAGAGAGGCUCCCAGGCCAAGAAAGCGUCGUCUUUCGUCUACGAAUUCGUCGGUCAGUGAUGACAGUUCGAGCACCAGUCUGUCUACGUCCUCGUCGUCAACAUCCAGCGGCAGUUCAUCAUCUAGGCCACGGCGUCAUCAUAAAGAACGUAAUCGGCGGCGAAAACAAAGUAAAAGUGACCGAAAUUUUGAAUCAUUGGCGAAUCAACGCGGUUUAGUCAAAUCAAACAACAGUUACUAUAUGAUUCAUCCACUGCCAGAAAGAUUUCAUCAAAAUGAUUCCAAAGUACAUGUCAUAGUUAAACAUACAUUAACUGAUCCAAUUACUAACAACAAUGAAGAAACUGAAGGUGUUUGCAUAGAAAGAGAAAAACUUGACACUUCAGAGAUCCCGCAAAAUGUUAAAACCUGGACGAAACACAGAAGAAAAAGGGAGAUUUCAACUGGAGAAAAACCCACUCAGAAUAGUUUAGAAGAUUUCAAAUUAAGUUUAAAACAUAGAAAUAAGACAAUUAGUUCAUUUUUGCAAAAACUAGUUACCGAUACUAAAAGACAAAAAAGAGCUAUACUACCCGCUAUUUUCGUUGAGACAGCAGUAUUUGUAGAUAGAGAUCUUUAUAAACAUAUGAUAGUGAAUUUUCCUAAAGAUACAGAGCGGGAAUUAGUUAGAUUUGUUUUAGCUAUGAUAAAUGCUGUACAGCUAAUAUAUCACGACCCAUCACUAGGAAGACCGGUGAAUUUUAUUUUGAAAAGAUUAGAAAUAUUACACGAAGAUCCUGUCAACUUGAAGAGGCCGCACGAUAUAGAUAGAUUUUUGAGUAAUUUCUGCACAUGGCAAAGGUUAGAAAAUCCACCUGGUGAUAACGAUCCAUUGCAUUGGGAUCAUGCAUUAAUUUUAACUGGAUUAGAUUUAUAUGUCGUAAACAAAAAUGGAAAAGUCAGCAGUCAAGUUGUAGGAUUAGCACCAGUAGCGGGAAUGUGUACAGUGACCAGUAGUUGCACUGUUAACGAAGGUAGACACUUUGAAAGUGUCUAUGUGGUGGCUCAUGAAAUUGGACACAAUUUGGGCAUGCGUCAUGAUGGACCUCAAGCUGACAACGGUUGCGAUCCCAGCGCCUACAUAAUGAGCCCAACUUUAGGCAGUGGUAAAAUCACAUGGUCGCAAUGCAGCAAGAACUAUCUACAAAAAUUUCUUGAUACAGUCCAGUCCCGAUGCUUACUCGAUCAUGGUAACUCAGCUGGCCAAUUAGACCAUAGCGCUGAAGGUAUAUUACCUGGAGAAAGAUUUGAUGCCGAUCAACAAUGUAUGUUAAAAUAUGGUCGCGGCAGUCGUCACUCCAACGCCCAGAACUUAGAAGAUAUUUGCAGGGACCUUCAUUGUCACAGAGAGCGAUAUACGUGGACUUCACAUCCAGCUCUCGAAGGAACCAAAUGUGGAGAAGAUAUGUAUUGCCGCGGAGGUGAGUGUGUGGAACGUGAGGGGUCGACAGUAGUACGGGGCUCAUGGGGCCGCUGGUCGGGGUGGUCGGAGUGCGCGUCGGCUUGUUUGUUGGACGACACGCACGCGCCCGCUGCAGCCGGCGUUGCGGUUGCCAGCAGGCGGUGCAGCAGACCCAGGCGAGUUGCCCAUUGUUGACAUGAUAACGGCAACAACUAUUGUUCCGGACACGACAAGAAAUAUCAAUCCUGCCAUGCACAUCAGUGCAACAACGUACCUCGGAUGACUGUGAGAGAAUUCGCUGAUCAGAUAUGUCACAGAGCACGCGACGUGGAUCCCGACCUGAUUGGAACUGAUGUAAGCAGCGCAUGCGCAGUAUGGUGUGACACGAGGGGUGGUGGCUAUAAAUCGCGCGGUUGGACUUUACCAGAUGGAACAGCAUGUUCUAGAAUGUCCCCAAUGUUCUGCAUAUCAGGAGUAUGUCAGAAAUUCACGUGCAACGGUAACGUCGACAACGAGUUUUCACUGCGACCGGGCGACUGCGAGUGGGAGGCGCUCCAACUGCAGACCGCCACACCUCACACUACAACUGGCAGGCGACCAGCGGAUGUCACUACCACUGCAUCAGUCCCGGCGUCGGCGUCAGGCUCGUGCGCGCCUCCACCACCCGCCAGUCCUCCAUACAGCUGUGCCGCCCUGACCCUCCUCGCCCUCACCUGGUAA